GCCGCUUCCGCCCUUCCCUGCGCCCGAGCCGCGAGGCCGCUGGCCGGCCCUGCUCCGGAAGGAGUCGGCCCGACGGCCGGAAGUGACGCGCGGCCCAAGCGCGCAGGAGCCGCGGGGAAAGCGCAGCGAAGGCGGGCCCCGUCCGAGGUCUGGCAGUCCGUGACAGAGCCGGGCGCCCACGGCCCGAGCGCCCCCGGCAGCACCAUGCCGGCGCUCCUGGAGCGCCCCAAGCUUUCCAACGCCAUGGCCCGGGCGUUGCACCGGCACAUCAUGAUGGAGCGGGAGCGCAAGCGGCAGGAGGAGGAAGAAGUGGACAAGAUGAUGGAACAGAAGAUGAAGGAAGAGCAGGAGAGAAGGAAGAAGAAAGAGAUGGAGGAACGAAUGUCACUAGAGGAGACCAAGGAACAAAUCCUGAAGUUGCAGGAGAAGCUGUUGGCCCUACAGGAAGAAAAGCACCAGCUCUUCCUGCAGCUCAAGAAAGUUUUACAUGAGGAGGAGAAACGGAGGCGAAAGGAGCAGAGCGACCUGACUACUCUGACGUCAGCCGCGUACCCGCAGAGCCUGACGGUUCACACAGGCACGCACCUCCUCAGCAUGCAGGGGAGCCCUGGAGGACACAGCCGCCCGGGCACCCUUAUGGCAGCCGACAGGGCCAAACAGAUGUUCGGACCCCAAGUGCUGACAACCCGGCACUACGUGGGCUCGGCAGCAGCUUUCGCGGGGACCCCAGAGCACGGUCAGUUCCAGGGCAGCCCUGGUGGGGCUUAUGGGACCGCUCAGGCCCCACCGCACUAUGGACCCACACAGCCAGCGUACAGCCCCAGUCAGCAGCUCAGAGCGCCUUCGGCGUUCCCGGCAGUGCAGUACCUGUCUCAGCCGCAGCCCCAGCCCUACGCGGUACACGGCCACUUCCAGCCCACCCAGACAGGCUUCCUCCAGCCUGGCGGUGCCCUGUCCUUACAGAAGCAGAUGGAACACGCCAACCAGCAGACCGGUUUCUCAGACUCUUCCUCCCUGCGCCCCAUGCAUCCCCAAGCUCUGCAUCCAGCCCCGGGACUCCUUGCCUCUCCCCAGCUCCCUGUGCAGAUGCAACCGGCAGGGAAGUCGGGCUUUGCAGCUACCAGCCAGCCUGGCCCUCGGCUCCCCUUCAUCCAGCACAACCAGAACCCGAGAUUCUACCACAAGUGAUCUUCAGACUGUCUUCUCGCUAACCACCCCCGCUAUGGGUGAGGGUCCCUGGUGUGUCCCAGCCCAAUAAAAUCCACCUCACCACC